AUGGGGGAGGAGACGCCCCAAAACGGAGGGGUCCAGUGCGUCUUCACGGCGUCGUCGAGCGCCAGCGAGGAAGAGGCGACGCUCAGUGCGAACGUUGCUUCCAGCGUUGACUGCUACAAUGACACUCUCCGCAUUGAGCUCCCCGCCAUUUCCAGCGGGCAAUGCACUGGAACCGGCUCUCCCAAAUCGGCAAUAUGCCGCCCCUCGGAGAUAGCCUUUAGCAACAAGAUGGAGGAGUGCACCGCGCUUUCGGUUGAGGAGCACAACGCGUAUCAGUCGGCAGUUGCGCUGCUGCAGGCUGGGGUUUUACAAAAGCUAGUCGGGGGCUUAAGUGGGCAAGGGGUCAGUAGAAAACUCUCGUCCGUCAUUCCGACCUUCAGCAACUUCGACCCCACCGAAGCGAUACGCAAGAAGUCCGUAAGUCUCUUCAGGAACGCAAGGCAGAACAACAGAGGCAGCUUGUCUAUUUCGGGUGGCACAUUGCAGUGCGAGAUGUCGAUCGCGGCUGACCGCCUCAAUGACGGGGAAACAGACGGUGUGAUCCUGUGCUCAGAGGCAGCUAACCACUGCAGCAGACACCGCGAGUCGCACCCCGCCCUGAGAACUGUGAUUGCGCCAGGAACCUCUAGCCCUCCGCCCUCGCCAGAGCAGCGGCAGCGGUGUGGUCCUACCUCCACUUCCGCGCCUGACCCAUCCAUCUCGCUCGCUGAUGGAAAAUCGGUGGAAGGCAACGACAGUCCUGACCAUGGCGUCGCGAUGGACGUCGUGCUUCGCGACGCCUCCAAGAUUCGCGGGCUACGACUGACGUGGCUUUUGUACUUGUUGAUCAUAACUGUCAUCAUCCUCUUCGUGUUGGUGUUAGUGCAAAUCACCUACGAAACAAGUCACAUGCUCACACGAUCCGCCACCGAGGCGGUGCAGGCCCAGGCAGCGUCUUUACUCAACAGUGUGAACAUGCAGCAGUAUACGCUGGAGAAACUCUUCAAGGUAAUGUAUGAAAUAAACAUUAAGAGCUUCAUCCAGGAGUACAAUACUCAUAGCAUCGUGCGAGAUGUCAUGUGCUCCAGUCUCUGCCACGCCCCCAUCGCGUUUGCCUCGUACAACGCAAGUGGCAUGCAGCAGUGGAGGGUAGUGUGCAAUCCAUCCAUGUUCUCGAUCGAGCUGAACCUUUUCCCCAAAAAGGUAAUGCCAGGGGCCGCUUCCCUGCUCAUGGUCGACUACGGCAAGACCGCGCUUGCCUACCGCACCUUCUAUAAGAACGACAAUGUUGAGACCUACGUUGCGAUAACCGGGAAGGAAGCGCUGGGCCGCACCUUCAUGAACAACAACAUCGCCAAGUACAGCACCGCCACGCUGCAGUCCGUCGUGUCCGCUUUCUUCUUACGAGAAUGGAACACGACGCGCAUGUCGAUGCUCUUCCACACUUUAACGGAGAACGUGUCGUUCUACAUGAAUACACCCGCGUCCCCCACCGCAGAGGUGCUGACGGCCACCUUCAAUUCACUCUGUCACGCGGACUCACCAUAUGUUUGGCACACCGUGUUGCGGCCCAUGAACCAGUUCAACAUUGCGGAGUUGCCCGUGAAUACUUCAGACCAGAUGGGCACCAUGACAAACCUUAUCCCGACCCCCCAUUUCGAGCACAAGGGAGCGUGGGGCCAGGUGUCGAGGGCGACUCUCUGCAGUGUGACGUGCACGAGCGCGAAUAGCAGCAAGUGCACCCCCGAGAACCCGACGAACGUGUGGUUCCUCGUGGACCACUCACUGGCCCACCUCGACUCUAUUCAAACCACUGUGAAGAUUGUUGGCGUGGUCAGCGUCAUGGCGGUGGCGAUUUUCAGUUUCAUCAUGUUCCUUGUGUACAUCAGCAUCACUGUGCCGGUGAACCACCUCCGCUAUCAGCUCAUGCGAGCCGUCGGGUCGAACGAGAUGACGACGCCGUGGCAAAGAAAGAUUGCGCGCUGGACGUACCGCCUGUGGCUCGGUGACCUCACGUCGAUUGCGCGGUCGAUUUACAUUCUGAGCCUGUGCUUCCGUCUUAACAAGAAGUACGUGCCAGACCACGUCCUGCGCAACCACGCGAAGCAGCUCUAUCUGCGGCGCCGCAAAUUCAACUUCCUUGAUGAAGUUAACCUGAAGGAGGACACCGUACUGGAGGAGGAUACAGACUCCGACGAGGCGAACCCCUCGCUUGUCAGUGUGGACACCACCCUGCGACCCUACGACACGCUUUCGCUCUGGCACCUCGCCGUGCCGUGCGACAUAGAUCAGGUGGGCCAUGCAGCGACUGAAGGUAAGGUGGACUGCUCCGCAGCGGAGGCAAAGAUCUUUGGUGGACCGACUCUGACAGAAGUCUCACCUGGUUACGCGUCGCAAGCGCCGCUGCCCGCCAAGUCACAUGAGACGGUGACAGGUGGAAGAGUGGCACCAACGCGGCGCGGGGCUAGAUUGCUGCGCGAUGCCUCCCUCAACCUGGGAUCUUACGGUGAGGUGGAGGACAUGGCGAUGACGCAGGAGGCGUUGACAGUGGCCGCCGCUGCCAUGACCAUUCAGAGUAGCAACGACAUCAUGAGCAUUCGUCGCGAGUACGAGACAACUGUCCUCUGUGUCCGCAUCCCGAGUGUCCAGCUGGGAUACCUGAUCAACCACUCCGUAGCCGUUCAUCAGCAUCGUCGCAUCAUGCGAGUCCUGCUGCACCGCAUUCGGCGGCAUAAGGGCGCGCUGUUUCACUGCUCUGGAGACUGCCUCGGCGCUGUAUGGAACGCAUUUGAAGGUUGCUCGAACCAUGCCGAGUGCGCGGCAGUGUGCGCGCAGGAGAUUGCCAACGUCUUUGCACCAUACCAAGGCGAUGGCCUGCAUAUCGGCAUUGUGCUGCACCAGGGCACACUCGUGUGUGGCACGGUCGAGUACUCGAAGACGGCCUUCGUGACUGCGUUCGGCGACGGUCCGCGUGAAGCGCUGGCGGUGGCUGAGUUGGCCACCUCUAUCAACAGUCUCAACGUGCUCGUUACUGAGCCAGUCAAGCAGGCGCUCUCCGGCUUGUACGACUGCAACAUCGUGGACGUCAUCCAGCUCCCCAGCUCGGCCCACCAGCUGCUACUCUUCGAGCUGAGCGGCAGCCGCACGCCAGAGAGGUCAUUGUACGAUACGCUGCUGCAGAUACCCAAACAGGCGCAGUUUUCUAUAGACUACGCGCGCGCCUUUUCUCAGUUCCGCAACCAUGAGUCAGCGAAGCUCGCAGAGCUCAGGCCGCG